GUAAAUUAUUUGUUUGCUACAUCUUGUUUACCUUGUUAUAAUGCGACUGACCCCGUAAUGUCAUUGACACUGGUCUGGCCUCAUUAGAGCUUGCGAUACAUCAAUCGACAAAGAGUGUUCUUUAUUAGCGCAAAGAGCAGAGCAAACUAUGGCACGAUUGGUUAUAGAAGGACUACUUUUACUCGCAGUCUUUGUACAAUGCGGUGGUACUUCCGAUGACCGGGGAUCAGAUACACCCAAUUACGCACGGACAUAUUUCGAACUGUUUUUGAAUGGCAUAUCCAGUGAUGAAGAUAACCCUUUCAACUCAUUAUCGCUGCCACGAACAGAUUAUCUAUCGCAAGCGGAAACACGUGCAAUUCCAGCUAGAUAUGCCUCCCAGUUGAUGCAUAGAGAAUCCCAGCCUCAAAAUUUCCUGACAGAUAUAAUGUUAAUGCGUACGUUAGCGCCACUUGUUGAGAAGGAUACAUUAGAUGAAAUGGAGGAUCGAAUACAAAACGAAAGAAUCUAUACCUUCGCAGCUGUGUUGCUUUGUAAUUGUCCAAUGGAGUACAUCGCUGAGGAUGGCGAAUUGAAAGGAUUUGCAAUAGAUCUUAUAAACGAAGUUUGUAAGUUGGCUGGAAAAAAGUGUAUAGUUCAACAUGAUGCACCAUAUAAAUGUUACAGACACGAAGCAGGAUUGCAUUCCGUGGCCGGAGACGGACUAUUGGGUAGGCAGUAUGAUGCGUGUACAACAUAUGUACGUACGCGUGAACGUGAACACUGUGUGGCUUUCACGGAAUCCUACUGGCAACAGAACACAACGUCCAGAUUCUUUGUCAGGGAUGGAAAUCACGACAACUUCGAUCCAGCUAAUAUCACCGGGAAAACCAUAGGUUUUAUGGAUGGAUGGGUCAGUGAUGAAGCUUGUCUAUCGCAUGGGAGAAAUUGGAUCGACGGAGCUGCAAAGUUAGAUCCAGGGAAGGCAGUAUAUUUCAAGAACAGGAAGUCUAUGUUCGACGCAGUGGCCAGUGGGGAGAUUGAUGCAGCCUUUCUUUUUGCCGUUGCCGCAUAUGGGGUGACUGAGAAUGGUUUCGAUGUCCUAGGCGUAGGUGUAGAAUGUGGUAUCCAAUCGACUUCCCAUUUUAUGACGCGGAAGGACAGCUCUCUACUCUCUUGGUUCAAUCCUACCUUGCGGUUAAUGAAGCGGACGGGACAGUACCAUAAACUCUGUCACGAAGCUGUUGCUAAACACGGUCACAAAGGAAAAAUCAGAUGUGUUUGAUCACAGUCUCUUGUGAAGGGACUGUGGUUUGAUGUAUGUUACUUUUAUGCGUAUUGGUUGCAUCUUACGAACUUUCUAAUAUUGUUUCCUCGUUAAUUUUGAAUGUGGAAAUUAAAUAAAAUGAGUUUCUCUCUGUUUAGUUAAA